AUGUCAAUGAAUAGUAAUAUAGUUAAACCAUACCUCUUAUUAAAAAACAAAAUUCCAACACAUAACAACCAAUCUGUAAAACAAAAUGUAAUUUCAAGUACCCUUAAAGAACUAAAUGGUUCUCAAACCAAUUCUAAGUCAUCAAGUUAUAGAAGUCUUGCAAAAAAAUAUGGUAUUCCAGAAACUACUUUAAGAUGUGCCAUUAAAAAUGGUGGCCUUUCUGGUCAUCUAGGCCCUGUCAAAGUUUUAACCGAUUAUGAAGAACAGCAACUUGUUGAAAUUUCUUUCAUUCAUCUCAAACAAGCUUAUAGUAAAAGCUGUAAACAGCUUCACUUCAAUAAUAAUGAUGAAUUAGUUACCAAACAUAUAUUUGCUAAGGUUCUUAGUCCAGCUUACAUUAAAACUUACACACCUGUAGCUAUUUCAACAGAACAGUUUGACGUUUCACCAAUGCAACCUUCUACACCAAUUCUGUAUCUGCAACCUUCUACAUCAACUUCUUUACCUUCACAAGCUUUUUCUAACCUAGAUCCAAAUCUUAUCCUUACUUAUACUAAGAAAAGAUCAUUAAAGGCUGAGGUUGAAUUGUUUAAUUUUAGGGUUGAUCAGUUGGAAGCAGAGUUAAAAACGACAAAAGAUGAACUAGAAACUUUUAAAAACCCUGGCAUUUACCUAUUAUGUUUAGUGCUUAAGUAUCCUCUUCCUCAUACUCUACAAGCAGUUGAAGAUCCAGAUCAAGCCGUGAACCAACCUGAAGCAA